UGUACUACUGUGUUAAAGACAGCAUGGAGCGCGCUGCCGCACGACAACAAAGCAUCAAACCAGGUCCAGAGCUGGGAGGCGAGUUCCCAGUACAGGACAUGAAGACAGGGGAGGGUGGUCUCCUUCAGGUCACGCUGGAAGGCAUCAAUCUCAAAUUUAUGCAUAGCCAGGAGCGGAAGGUUUUCAUAGAGCUGAGUCACAUUAAAAAGUGCAAUACAGUGAAAGGAGUCUUUGUCCUGGAGGAGUUUGUUCCUGAAACUAAAGAAGUGGUGAUCCAUAAGUACAAGACUCCUAUGGCACAUCAGAUCUGUUACUCGGUGCUCUGCCUCUUCUCCUACAUGGCGGCGGUCAAGGGGAAAGAGUCAGAGGGCAAGCCCAAGAUGCUGUCCCCUCGUCCACUACCGAGCUAGCACACUUCUCUCCUACGUUUACUUCAACGCCCUGCAAUACUACUCCUGUUCAAGAGAAGCUGACACUCCUGCCAGGCUCCUUUUAAAGACCCCUGCUCCUGUAUCGAUUCAAAUAUAGAUAUAUUCACAUAUUCAUCACAUCUGUCCUAAUAGAAACAACCCAUUCAUAUAAUGUAUCUGAUCACGUACCUGAUAUAAUAUUCCAGUCCUUGGACACUAAAAUGCUGGCAUUUCAUUCUCAUAAUAUGAACCAACCAGAACAAGAACAGACUUUUGACUACUGUUGGUUGACGUCUUUACAUUCAUUCACUUUUAUUAAUUUCAAUCGGAGGCAUUUGGUUGCAUGCAGGUCCCAUGCGCAGCUCUUGCGAGUUGGCCCUGGCAUGCAGACAUCUUCAGCCCCCUCUGAUAUCAGUCAACAGGCUGUGUAUUUUAUAUUCAUGUGCUAAGUUGUACUGUAAAUUCCAGUCUGUUCUGUCUGUGGUGGGUGAAAUGUUCAAGUCUUUGCAAUCUAGCGCUGCCACGUAUGAGGGGUUUGCCUUAACCGUCCACGACGGAGAAGCUACCCCAUUCGUAAAUGUUCCAUUCGCCCUUUUCCACCUGCUGUAAGUGGUCUAAGGUCUGUGUAUCUCUUCAGCUUAAAAGCCUCAAACUACUACUGUACUAGUUCUGCUGUAAAGUUCCCUGUCUGUGAACUGCUGUGUUAAAUUUGCAUGUCACUUGGAAAAAAAACAAAAUGGAUAUUUAAAAAAAGGAAUCUGUACAUCUCUAAAGCAAUGAUGAAAAAGCAACUAAAAUGUUUAUGAAAAACGAAAUUUGUUUUCUAGAUGUGCAAUACUAUCGCUAGAGGGUACCGAGAACAAGUCCAGUCAUGUCCUCAGAGUUCAUCCACUGUCCUCCUGUGUUCAUAAUGAGGAGACCAGAGAGCGGAUCAGGCAUCACUUCUGUGUUUUCUGUUCAUUUCUUGUCGUUAUUUUGACACCGCAAUGACAAAAGGCAUUAUUAAUCUAUAAGACAGCUGUAUUUGGAGAUUGUUUGAAUACUGAUGGAAAAGUCUUGUCCAAAAUGUCCUGUUUGAAGUGUCCUCUUCCUGUUUGUGUGUGUCUGUGUGAUCGUGUGUGUUCGUGUUAGAAACACUGAUGGCAAGAGAGAAUGACUGCACGUAGAGGUGCAGAUUUUCUUGGGUCGGCUCUUUUUGACUACUAGAUUGGGCAGUACCACUGUCACAUUUAUAUAUUUUAAUAUUCUUUUAUGUUUUGCUCACAUUUUUUAAUAAUUUAGAUGUAUGAAGUGGUGUUUUGUGUCUCCAUUCAGUUCAGUUGUUGUAUGCAGACUGUAAAUGGACUGGAAAAGCCCACUCAAUAUUGGUUUUGAGAUGUAAAUAGCACAAAACUGAUUUCCCGGAGUCCAAGUCUCCCAAAACGGAUGUUUUGAGUUGGACAGUGGAUCAGGUCUGUUGUUUGAAAGUGUAUGAGAGAUACAGUUGCACAUUAUUUGGGCUUUCAUUUUAGUCUGUAUCGUUUAGAAUAAGAGGGAAAGGAAAAAAUAGAGACAUUUGGUUGUAAAUAUUUCAGCAUUUAAAAAUAUUUAUAGAACCUGUACAGCUUUGGCAAUAUGAAAUAAAAGAUGUCCAACCCAA